AUGGGGUGUCGAGGGAUCCUCCCGUCAGCUCAGGAGAAGCCUCCCAGCCAGAAGCACACCCAGAACCACGGCUGUAGGACCCUCUCUCCCUCUCCAGCCCCUGCUGAGGCUCCACCCGAGCCCUCUCCAGAAGCACAGGAGACUGUGGCAGCCCCGGCCAGGGAGAACGCGGUGGAUGUGGGGGCCGAGGACACAGGGGCCCCAGCCCCACACAGGCAGAAGUCCUGGCUGGUGCGACACGUCUCACUGCUGCUGCGACGGGACCUGCAGGCCCAGAAGGCAGGGCAGCUCUUCUCAGGGCUCCUGGCCCUCAACGUGGUGUUCCUGGGCAGUGCAUUCGUUUGCAGCAUGAUCUUCAACCACGUGGCUAUCACACUGGGUGACGUGUGGCUCCUGCUGUCCACGCUCAAGGUCCUCUCCCUCCUCUGGCUGCUCUACUACGUGGCCGGCACCGCCCGCCGGCCGCACGCUGUGCUCUACCGGGACCCUCAUGCUGGACCCCUUUGGGUGCGGGGCUCACUGGUGCUGUUUGGUAGCUGCACCGUCUUCCUCAAUGUCUUCCGUGUGGGCUACGACAUGAGCCACAGCCACUGUAAGUCCCAGCUGGAGCUCGUCUUCCCUGUCAUCGAGAUCAUCUUCAUUGGUGUCCAGACCUGGGUGCUCUGGAGGCACUGCAAGGACUGUGUACAGGUCCAGACCAACUUCACAAGGUGUGGCCUGAUGCUGACCCUGGCCACAAACCUGCUGCUAUGGGUUCUGGCUGUCACCAAUGACUCAAUGCAUCGCGAGAUCAGUGCUGAGCUCAAUGCCCUCGUGGAGAAGUUCUCAGGCAACGGGACCAACAGCUGCCUGUGCCUCAACGCCACGGUGUGCGAGGUUUUCCAGAAAGGCUACCUCAUGCUCUACCCCUUCAGCACCGAGUACUGCCUCAUCUGCUGUGCUGUGCUCUUUGUCAUGUGGAAGAAUGUGGGCCGACGCCUGGCAGCCCACGUGGGGCCCCACGCCGCCACCGUGCCCUUCCGCCUGCACGGGGUCAUCUUCGGGCCACUGCUGGGCCUGCUGGCGCUGGUGGCCGGCGUGUGCGUCUUCGUGCUCUUCCAGAUCGAGGCCAGCGGCCCGGGCAUCGCACGCCAGUACUUCACGCUCUACUAUGCCUACUACGCCGCCGUGCUACCUGCCAUGAGCCUGGCGUGUCUGGCGGGCACAGCCAUCCACGGGCUAGAGGCCCGAGAGCUGGACACGCUCAAGAACCCCACGCGAAGCCUGGACGUGGUACUGCUGAUGGGCGCCGCGCUGGGCCAGGUGGGCAUCGCCUACUUCUCCAUUGUGGCUGCGGUGGCCACGCGCCCACACGAGCUGCUUGGCCGCCUCAUCCUGGCCUACUCUCUGCUACUCAUCCUGCAACACAUCACCCAGAACCUCUUCAUCAUCGAGGGUCUGCACCGGCGCCCGCUCUGGGAGGCAGCCCCCGCGGGGAAGCCGGAGGCCGAGCUGCCCCGCAGGGGCUCCCUGCUGGAGCUGGGCCAGGGCCUGCGGCGGGCCUCGCGGGCCUACAUCCAUUCCUACAACCACCUCAACUGGAAGCGCCGCGCGCUUAAGGAGAUCUCCCUCUUCCUCAUCCUCUGCAAUAUCACACUGUGGAUGAUGCCGGCGUUUGGUCUGCACCCCGAGUUUGAGAACGGGCUGGAAAAGGAUUUCUAUGGCUACCGGGCCUGGUUCACCAUCGUCAACCUGGGCCUGCCUCUGGGCGUCUUCUACCGCAUGCACUCUGUCGGGGGGCUGGUGGAGGUCUACCUGGGGGCCUGA